CACUUACAGAAAAAGCUUUAACUUUCAAUUAUUUGCACAUUUGAAGAAAAUAUCAAAAUGGCGUCUAACCAACAGAGCUACAAAGCUGGUGAAACAAGAGGCAGGACUCAGGAGAAGACAGGACAAGCUAUGGGAGCCAUGAGGGACAAGGCUGAGGAAGGCAAGGACAAGACUUCCCAAACGGCCCAAACAGCCCAACAAAAGGCUAAUGAGACGGCACAGGCAGCUAAAGACAAGACUUCCCAAACGGCUCAAACAGCCCAACAAAAGGCUAAUGAGACGGCACAGGCAGCGAAAGACAAGACUUCCCAAACGGCUCAAACAGCCCAACAAAAGGCUCAUGAUACGACCCAAGCAGCAAAAGACAAGACAUCUCAAGCAGCCCAAACGACGCAGCAAAAGGCUCAUGAUACGACCCAAGCAGCAAAAGACAAGACAUCUCAAGCAGCCCAAACGACGCAGCAAAAGGCUCAUGAUACGACCCAAGCAGCAAAAGACAAGACAUCUCAAGCUGCCCAGACGGCUCAGGAGAAAGCCCGUGAGACGAAGGACAAGACCGGAAGUUACAUGUCCGAGACAGGAGAAGCCAUAAAGCAGAAGGCUCAAGACGCUGCUCAGUACACAAAGGAGACGGCUGAAGCCGGUAGAGACAAGACCGGUGGGUUCUUGAGCCAGACAGGUGAGAACGUGAAGCAGAUGGCAAUGGGUGCAGCUGAUGCGGUGAAACACACUUUUGGGAUGGCUACGGAGGAAGAAGACAAGGAACAUUAUCCAGGCACAACUACGACCACUACUGGUACUACUCGAACCACUUAUCAGAGGAAAUGAGAAUAGCAAGAGAACUAUGAAUCGUGUCUUUCUUUUGUUUCUAUAAUUAAUGUCAUGUUUGGUCUUUUGAAAUUUCACGUGUCUUUGUUGCUUCUAUGUUUUGUCUUUGUGUUUGUGAUUCCGUCAUGUAUCCUUUGCUGUGAUGAUGACCCUGGAGACUUCUAAUUUUCAGCCAAUAAGUUUAUACAUAUUUGAUUCCGC